AUGCGCGAUUGGCAAACCGAUGACGUGCACACUGGUGACGUGUGCGCCCACGACAUGGACACCUGCGGCAUACGGACAAAGGGGAAGAUGAGGAAGGGGGGCUCCACUGACAAGCGCUACUUACGGAGGGCAUUCAACAGGUCCUACUAUUACAAGAAGGGGGAGAAGGCCGAGGAGGCGAGCAGCGGCAGCAAAAAGGUUAACGGCGUCGCGGAGAGCAGCGCCAGUGGGAGCACCAGCGAGAGGAACAACCUCAAUAGCGGCGCGAACGCGACUGGCAAAGGCGCCCCCAACGGUGCGAGUGCAAACGGAAGGGGCGCCGCCACAGAGGGGAAGGACGUGGAUGUGCAGAGCGAAGAAGACCCAUGGGAUAGGGAACGUGAAGAGGCAGAUCUGGACGACGAGGAGUUAUUUUACGCCGUAGAAGAAGGAGAAGCGAAAAAUAGUAAAGUGCCCAAAAUGACACUAAGUGCGAAAGAGAAGGAGUUGCUGCUGGGCAAGAAUGAAGAAGAGUGUAGCAACGGGAGCAGCGCGAAUGGAGGUGGGAGUGGCAGUAAGGAGGGAGACAGCCAGGAUAAAAACAACAUCCUGUGCCCGCUGUGCGUAGAGGUGCUAGACGAAACGGACAGGAACUUCUUCCCCUGCGACUGCGGCUACCAGAUAUGCCUCUGGUGCUUGUACUACAUACGAGACCACAUGUGCAACAAGUGCCCCGCCUGCAGGAGGAGCUACGACGAGAAGAAUUUUAUUUACAAUAGGGAGACCCACGAGAAGCUGGUGAAAAAGCAGAAAAGCGGUCACAGCCACGGCCACAAUCACAAGGGGAGUAAGGCAGACGCGAGUAGCAGCAGCAAUAAUAAUGUUGGAGCGAGUGCCCCAAACGGAGUUAGCGGUUCUACGGGGGUUAGCAACUCCACCGGAGCUAACGCCUCCCCCAGUGCUGCCAACAGCAGCCUCCUUCACCAUCUGAGUGGAAGCAGUAGCGCCAUUUUUAACAAACCGGAGCUAUACAAAAGUGCAAACACAUAUAACAUCCACGAGCAUGAAAAUUUAUUUGAAAUUAUAAAAGGCAUUCGGGUGGUUCAGCGCAAUCUCGUCUUCGUCAUUGGUAUUACCUCUAACUAUGCAAAAAAAAAUAUUUUAAAAAAAAAUGAAUACUUUGGAAAGUAUGGCCAAAUUUUGAAUAUCAUUGUGAAUAAGUCCCAGGCCUAUAACCCGCAUUACAAUGGCCCCUCCUUCAGUGCCUACAUAACGUAUAGCAACGAGAAGGAGGCCAUCAACGCCAUUUAUUUUAUCGACGGUAUGGUUUUGGAUAGCAAGACUUUGAAGGCGUCUUUUGGGACCACCAAGUACUGUGCUGCGUAUCUUAAAAACAGCACGUGUACCAAUGAGGACUGCUUCUACCUGCACCAACUGGGAAACGUCAUUGAUAGUUUUUCAAAAGACGACAUACAUGGCCCCAAACAUAUUUACCAUGAUUUGCUUUAUUUUUAUUUUAAAAAACACCCGGAUAAGAAGAACGAGUCGAAUGGCAACUGUCAUGAUGCCUCCGGCACGGUGGUGGUGAAGUCGGCCAGGAAAUUGGAAGACGCAACAUCUGCGGGAGGGGCUACUUCCGGGGGAGGGACUACUUCCGGAGGAGGCCCCCCCGCGACGCUCUCCUUUGCGGCGGCCAUGUCCAUCACCAGUGAGAAGGACCUAACCGACGCGAAGAAGAAGAGUGACGCCCUGGAGGAGGCCGCCCAUGCGAAGAAGCAGCACUCGUCGGCGGUGUCGGUGUUCUCCGAUGGGAAGGCGAAAAGUUUGGAGGUGGCCAGCAAAGGGGUGGAAAAGAUCGCCGAAAAGCAGUCUGAUAAACACACAGAGAAGCAGGCGGAGGAACCGAAACGGGACGCCAAGCUGAAGGACGGCGUGGCCGGCAAGGCGUCCAAGGAGAAUCACCACACCGGUGAGGAGAAAAGCAAGUGGAGCUCCGAAGGCAACUUCGCCAGCCUGAUAAAGAAUGCCGGCGUGGCGACCGGCUCCCUGCAGGAGGUGGAGGAGGAAAAGAGCAACGCGCACACCAAGAGCAAGAAGAAGAAGAAGAAGCAGAAGAGCGAGGAAGUGAUCCCCGCCGCGGAUCGGGGCAAGGAGGACCUCGCCGCGGGGGCAGGCGGCACAACAACCGCUGCCGCAACCGCAACCGCAACCGCGACUGCCACUCAGAAGGAGAAGAACUACAAGGACUCCCUGCAGAGCAGCGGCGCGCCCAAGAAUGACAGCGCCAGCAAGAACAACAGCCUCGAGGUGGAGGAGGACCCCUACUACGCAGACGGCUUGUCGGAGAAUUACCCCCUCAUCACGGACGUCCGCUUUGACAAGGACAAGAAGAAGAAGAUGAAGAAGAAGGCGGAGAAGAAGAAGGCCAACGAGAGGAAGAAGGUGGGGGAAGGGGAUGGCGAGGAGAAAGUGGCAGAGGCAAAGGAGGGGGAGGAGAAGUCAGACGAAGCGAAGGUGGGAGAGGCCAAACUGGGAACCCCCCCCGCGGAAGAGCGCAAGCCCGACGGCAAGGGCGGCCUGCCAGCUGCGGACGCGGCGCAGAAGGAGCAGCCCUCCCAGCAGGACUUCCCCCCCCUGAGGGAAGACGACAAGGAGGCGAAGAAACAAAAGAAGAAGCACCCCAGCAGUGUAAGCGGCAACGUGAGCGGCAAUGUAAGCGGCAACGUAAGCGGCAACGUAAGCGGCAGCGUGAGUGGCGGCGCGGAGAAUAAGCCUGCCCAAGUGGAAGACCAGCCGGCAGACGACCCCAAGGAGAAGAAGCAAACCGGCGAGCAGGCAGAGGAGGAGAAAAAAAACAAGUAUGCCAAAAUGACCUUCAAAAUUGGAAGCUUCUUUAAUGACCUCUUUGAUGGAAGUAAAAAAGGGGGUGGAGGAGAGGCAAAGGCGAAGGCAUCUCCCAGCGUGAGUCAGAAGGCAAAUAAGAAGGCGCCUACCACUGCUGCUACCCCCUCUGUGGUGGAAGCAGCGGAGGAUGUACUGGUUGGAAGCGCUACGCAGUCGAAAGAAGACCCCAGCGCGGAAGGAGGAACGCCCUCGAAGCAGAAGAAGGAUGAAACAAACGUGAAAGGGGAUACAGUGAGAGAGAAGGGAGAGAGGAAGAAGAAUGAGCAACCCUCUCAAAAGAGGGACCUCGAAAAGGUAAAAGCUGAUGUAGGUGUCGGUGCAAAGGAGAAGAAGGAAGUAGUGGAAGAGGGGGUCAAGAAGGAGAGGGGUGGUGGAUCUACCUCCCAAACUGAUAAAGAGAGCACACCCAUUGGAGGAGGCGAACUUAUUGGUGACUCACUCGGAGAUGACGCCACAGCGACUGCUAUCGGUGCUCCAAGUGAGAUGGUGAGCCCCCCUCGCACAAGAGAAAAGAGAGACAAAAAAGGCGUGCAAGAUAACACCGCUACCCAGGAAGAACAACUGAAGAAGCACGCGCAGGAAAUUUUAAACAUUCAAAAGAACAACCCAGAGGUGCCCCUCCUAGCAGUAAUUGAAGAUUACAUAGGAAGGAGAACAGUCGCCACGAAGGAGGUUCUCCCUUUUGAUGACCUCCAAAGUGUGGUGAAUAGCCUUAUCGGCGAGAAGGCAGCGAAGGGGGAAAGGGGUAACCAACAGACAGGCGAUAGUACUGCCCACGCGUGGAAUGUUAAUACACAGGAGCGUUUACCUAAUGGAGAGGGAGACGAAAGGCAAAGUGAGUCUACACAGGUGAAAAAUGUAGAGAAAGGAGCGGCUGCCAAACCGGAGGGGGAAAGACCAAUCGAAAAGGCACACAAGGCGAUGGACGCGAAGAACCACCUACCAGCUGCGAAAGAGAAAAAGAAAAAAGAUACCCUCAACAAGAGGAAGCUGCAGCAGAAGGAAAUGGAAGGAGAUAUUACGAGCAUUAUCAGAGAAAUUAUGAUGCAGAAGAUGAAGUCCAAAAGCAGAAGAAACAAAAAUGGGUCCGUUGGAGAAACGAGUGGGAAGAGCGAGACGGGGCAGGCGGAUCGCCGCGUCGUCAGUUCGGGGGAGGACCCCGCAGAGAAAAAUGCCCUUUUCGACGACAUGGAGAUAUUUUUAAAAAAUCUGUGUGUGGCGAAGGGGAAGGCAAUUCAGGGCGGUCUGCAAGGCGGUCUGCAAGGCGGUCUGCAAAGCGGUCUGCAAGGUGGCCUACAAAGCGGCCAUCAAAGCGGCCUGCAAAGCGGCCACACAGACAACGACGCGGUGUAUUUCAUAGAAGGAAACGGAAGGCGCAAAAACGACUACCUCAUGUACACGAGUGACGGGCACAUUUCCCUGAAAUCGCACAAGGGAGUCAUGGAAUUCGUCAUUAAAAAGGAGGAAAACAUAGACUUAAAAGAAAACGAAAAAAAAUUUCUCCAAGAGGAUCCAUUUGAUAUUUAUAGAGAAUUAAUUUUGUCGAAAAAUUCAGACCUGCAAACUGCCAACGAUAUUUUGUUUGAUAAAAUGUUUAAUGAGGAAAUUGAUUUCGUUCAACAGUUGUGCAAAGAAAAUUGCCUGAACGGGUCAGGUAAAAUUUACUCAUCCAGUUACAAAGAGGAGAAAACUUAUUAUAGGCAGGGCGGCAAUUUAAGCAAGAAAUGUAAGAAGAAGGUGCAGGUUAGCUUCCCCAACUUGUGGGUGAAUUUUGACCAGUCCCUGCACACGCAGGAGAUGGCUGAGAAGGUUAACCUGAGCGCAGCUUCACUUUGA